AUGCCGGCUAGCACGAGCUGCAAGAUCCUGGCUUCGCGAGUUUUCCACGCCCUCCCCUGCGGCCGCCCCUCCACUCCCUGGCCGCCUCCCCUGCUUUCAUCUCCCCUGCUCUCUCCUCCCCUCCCCUGUGGUCUCCCCUCCCCCCUCUUCCCCUCCCUCAGGUGUCCCGGAGACCUCCCCACCCAGCCAGCAGAGCGGGCCAGCCCCCGCCUUCCUCCAGGCCCCCUCGCCUCUCCCCCGCACUCCGCGGGCUGCAGCGGCAGUCCCCAGACCACGCCCCUCGGGAUCCACGCCCCUCGGGAUCCCGCCGCGCCCUCCCUGACCACGCCCUCCGGCUUCCGGGGCGUCCUCGGGCCACGCCCCUCCCAAGCGCAGCACCCGAGACCACGCCCCUGGAGAGUCUCGCCGCGCCCUCUCAGACCACGCCCUCCGAGACCACGCCCCUGCGCUCCCGCCAGGUCCCAGGCCACGCCCCUGAACACGCCUCUCCGAGUCCCGGCCGCUGCGCGCCCGCCUAGCGCUCCGCCCUGCAGCGCGCCCCGAGCGAGUCUCCCACGCGACCGUGGGCCUCGGCCGCCCGGAGCUGGACGCGGGCUCGCUGUCCCCGCAGCCCCUCCGGCCACAGGUUCGGGACCCCGGCCCGCGAGCUGCAGCCGCGGCCCUGAGAAUGCCGCGCCUCCUGCCGAGGGCGCCCGGCACGCGGCCCCUCGGAAGACAAAGCUGCUUAGUGCUCGCCGCGUCCCGAGCAGACAGCCGUCCCCCGCCCCUUAUCCUUGGGGCACGCCUGCCAAGACCCCCAGGGGACGCCUGAGACCUCAGCUGGUUCUGAGCCCCACCCACACUGAAUAUCUUAUUGUCCUGUGCUCCCCCCCGCCCCCAUCUUCUGACGAUGUAAGACGAUGAGAUGCCCCCGUGGUGAGGUGACGUGCGUACCUGACUGAGCACUGGGCUACCGUUGACCUUCUGAGGCUGAGUCACAAGAAGGACCAUCUGAUCCUGGCUGUGGUUGACCACGGGUCACUGGUCUUCGGGGACUUCCGGAAGUUUCCGUGAGCAUUUCUGUACAGGUUUUGCGUGAAUAUAAAUUUUCAUUUCUCUAGGGUAACUAUGCACGAACGGGUCCCUUUAUCUUUUAGGUCAGUUUAAUUAUUUGUUUGUUUUGUUUU